AUGGAAAUUCUCGAGAUGCUUAUUUUUCCGAGUGUAUUUUUGCUAGUUGAAAGCAAAAUUCAGCCUCACAUCUGUCUUCCGCGCAAAACAUGGAUCAAUCACGCGAACCACACCUUUUAUCACUUAAGAGGUUCAGCAAUACUCACAGAACCAACAGAGUCAGAGCCUGGGAGUGCUAAAGACACUUUCGGAAAUGUGUAUCUUGGAGAAACUUUUGGCAGUUUAGUACGUGUAUCAAACGAUUCUAUAUUUUCUACACGUGAAAUUAGCGUAAAAGCAGAGAUACAUACCAACACACAACGAUUUUCGCUCACAGACACAACGGUCGAAACUUUACCCACCCUCGAACCCAACAAGUCCACAGAAUGUGUAAUACAGCACGAAAUAAAAGAAUUGGGUGUUCAUGCCUUCGUCUGUUUGGUGACGUAUUUAACCAACGAGGGGGAAAAGAGAAGUAUUCGACGGGUAUAUCGAUUUCAAGUGAUGAAUCCAUUGGCAGUGAAGACAAAAGUGAACAAUAUGGCUGAUGGGAAAGUUUUUUUGGAGGUGCAGGUACAAAAUGUGGCAGAACGAGAAAUGUAUCUCGAAAGAAUGAAAUUUGAGUCGGGGGAUGUAUUUGGAUUCAAAGAUCUUAAUUAUGUAGUUGAUAACAAUGGGAUGGAAGUAAUGUCCGUGGCAGAAAAACAACUUGAAUCGACCAGAAAAGAAAUUGAUGAUAUCAAUGACAAGGAGGAUACACAAAAUUCAGAGAAAUCACUGGAAGAAAGUGUCAAAGAAGAAAAAAAGCCUGAAAACAUAUUUGGAGUUGAGAAUUAUUUAAAUCCUCAAGAUAUUCGACAAUAUUUAUACAUGUUAAUUCCAAAACCCGGAAUAGAAGAACGUCUCACAAGAACAACUAAUGCACUAGGGAAGCUUGAUAUCGUAUGGCGAGCUAAUUCAGGUGAGACAGGCAGACUACAAACAAGUCAAUUAACACGUAAACCACCCAUUUUGGAAGAGAUUGAACUGUCUGUUACGACGAUACCCACAUCAAUUAUACUUGAGACACCAUUCACAUUAGGAUGCCGAAUCAGAAAUCGCACCACUUCUAUGCUCAAAGUGGUGGUGACCGCCGUAAAAAAUAAAAUGGGAUCAGUAUUGUUAAGUGGUCCGUCUGCUAAAAAUCUGGGGGAAUUGGCACCAGAUAAUGUUGUUGAUUUCCAACUCGAAUUUGUCCCAUUGAGUCCUGGACUGCAGAGAGUUGGUGGUCUAAAGAUAUCAGAUGUGAUAUCUGGCUACACAAAAGAAAUUGAUCAUUUCACAGACAUUUUUGUAUUAUUUUCAAAAUAA